AUGGCGGCACCGCCAUUGGUGUCGCCCGCGGCGCUGGCCGCCCUGGAGAGCGAAGGCUGGCACGUCUCCCCGCACGCGCUGCUCGCACUGCUCGCCGCGAAACCCCCCUCCGCGGACGGCGGCGCACCGGAUCCGCAAGCCCCCGCCUCCGCCGCUUCCGCGUCCUCGGCCGGGCAGCCACUUGGCGCGCCGCAGAGCGCGCCGAUGUCGGCGCAGCAGGUGCGCGCGGCGGCGCUAGACCUGGACCUCCGGCGGUUCGGCGAGGCGUGCUUGCCGGACGACGUGAACCGCGCCGAGUACCGCCGCCUGUCGGGGAGGCUCGUCGUGCAGGUAGUGUCAGCCGUAAAUGUGUGCGAGCCCAAAGGCGGGGAGGACGCUGAGUCAGCCGCCGCUGCUGCUGACGAGGACGACCGCUGGGAUGACGACAACAAUCCGCCCGCCCCCACUGCUCCCUCUGCUGCUGCUGCUUCCGCUGUUGGUGUGGAUGGGCUGGGAGGGCGAGGUGCUGUGGGUGGCAGUGGGGGGCGAAGGCUGCUGCGCGUUCGGGUGACGGACGGCAAGAGGAAUGCGAGUGCUGUGGAGAUGCACCCCUGCCCGCACGUGCCCGCUGCUCUUGCUCCAGGCACCAAGCUGCUCCUCACGGCCCCCACCAUCCGCCACGGCUUCAUCCUGCUGGACCCUCACUCUGUGCAAGUGCUGGGCGGCCGUGUCUCCCCCCUCUACGACGAGUGGGACAUGCAGCGACGCUACUCCCUCCUCCCCGGCCUCACCCUCUCCGCCGCCGCCUCCUCCUCUGGCCACUCUUCCCGCUCCGCCCGUGCCUCCCCCGCCUCCUCCUCCUCGCUCUCCGCCUCCUCUCUCCCUGGUGCCUCUGCCGGCCCGCCUCCCUUCCGCGGGGUCACAGACGUGCGCCUGCAAGCAGCGCCAGAUGUCACGACUGCCACCACACCUGCCGGCACACAUGAGUCUGGAGCAGCAGGCGGGGGGCCGGCAGGAGGGCGUGGGGGUGAGGCCAGUGCUGCCGGCUCUGCCCCUGCAGCAGCGGCAGCAGCGGGAGCAGCAGGUAGUGCAGUGAGAGAAGGGGGGGGAGGGUCGGCAGAGGCGGGGGAAGCAGGGGCAGCAGCAGAGGCAGCGAGGGAGAGGGCGGUGGAGCGGGCGAGAGUUGAGGCUGCUGCUGCUCUCAAACACGCUGCUCCCCACGACAGGAGCGCUUCCAGGAAGCUUCUGGAGAAGAUGGGGGAGGAGCAGGGGCGAGGCAGGGGCAGGCGGGGGGGGCGUGGGGGAAGGGGGAGGGGGAGGAGGGGCCGGGAGGAGGAGGAGGAUGAGGGGACGAUGACACUAGAGGAAUAUGAGGCGAGGAAGGCUAUGGGGAGGCAAGGAGGGGGACGAGGGGUGGGGGGGGUGACGGGAGGAACGGGAGGGAUGGGAGGAACGGGAGGGAUGGGAGGAACGGGAGGGAUGGGAGGAAUGGGAGGGAUGGGAGGGAUGGGAGGGAGUGGAGGGAGGGUAGAUGUAAGCAGUACAGCACAAGUGAUGUCAGAUGAGGAACUUGCGAGGAAGCUGCAGGCGCAGUUGGAUAUGGAGGACAUGGGGGGUUUUGUAAGUUGCACACCCUUUGCUCUGCUCUUCUUUGUCCCUUUUCCUGUGGCCGCUCCAUACCCACUCGCUCGUUUACCCACUCUCAUGCCCCUCCAUCUCCUGCCGUCACCCCUCCAUCUCCUGCCGUCACCCCUCCAUCUCCUGCUGUCACCCCUCCAUCUCCUGCUGUCACCCCUCCAUCUCCUGCUGUCACCCCUCCAUCUCCUGCUGUCACCCCUCCAUCCCACUGUCACCCCUCCAUCACUGUCACCCGUCCAUCUCCCACUGUCACCCCCCAUCUCCCACUGUCACCCCCCAUCUCCCACUGUCACCCCCCAUCUCCCACUGUCACCCCACUCUAUCUCAUUCCCUCCAUCUCCCACUGUCAACCCCCACCUCCUCGCCCUCCCCAGGCACACGCAGCCCACACGCAUCCACACGCGCACCACACGCCUCCCACUGCCACGUCAGCAUCGGAGCAGCUGUGCCAAUCACUGUUCAGCUUCCAACCAGCAGCUGAGCCCGAGGGGAGCUACGAAGGGGGCAGGGGCGGGCGGGGCAGACGGGGGAGGAGGGGCGGAGGGUUUGGAGGGAGCAGCAGUGGCAGAUACGGGGGUAGAGGGGGAGGGAGAGGAGGCAGAGGAUGGUAAUACUCCAGUGUUGAGACGUCCUAAAACUAGCAGAGGGGGGCGGGGCGGGGCAGGCGGGGGAGGAGGGGAUGGUGUGGAGGCGGCGAAGCCCACCAAGGCGCAAAUCAAAGCCGAGCUGCAGAACAUGGCGAACACCAUCACCCAGAAGUUUCCCAAAUACGCGAAAUACGCCAAGGACAUCAACAAGUACAUCGGCCUAGCACUGAACUCCAAGUACGAUUUCACAGCUCUCAGCGACGCGACCCUCCUACUCCCCAGCGACACGGAGGCCCAGGCCCUCGCUAAGAAGGUCCCCGCUAACAAGGCCAACAUUCCUAAAAUCUACAACAUCACCGCGUACCACAUCAUCCGCAAGAAGUACACCGUUCCCGCGCUCAAGGUGCUCAAGAAAUCGCAGCCACUGGGGACGCAGCUGAAGCAGGCGAUGUACAAGGUUUCGGUGCAGAAUGGUAACACCGUUUCCUUCGCCAAGACUCCCAACGCCCCCCCUGCCGCGUGGACGACGAUCCAGAUCGUGAGGCUGUACGCUGGACCGUACUUCAUUGCCCACGGCGUGGAUAAAGUCCUCAUUCCCACCUACACGAAAGUGUAA